CUCAAAUUCUCACUCUCUCUCUAUCAAAGCUUCAUCACUUCAAAACCCUCUCUUCACUUCUUCUCUUCCAAGUUUUGUUCUCUUAUGCAACCAACCCUUCAUUAUUAUCAAAAUUGAUGUAAAUUCUUCCGGAUUAAUGAUUUUACUGAUGCAAAAGCUCUUCAGAUCCAAAGUGUGAUAGUACUAAAGAUCUUUAAUACAUAAAGUCUUCUUGAGUUUCUAUCAAUCUUCAAGCUUGGUUUCUUGGUGGUGGAUCAUAUCAAUUAGCAGAAAAUCUUCAUGGGUUUUCAUCUAUCUUGAACUUUUCCUUGUUGGUGGCGGCUAUAUAUAUAUACAUACAUAGAGAUCUUUCUUCGGUUACCAAUGGCUGAAGAUGGAGCUAAAACAUGUGGGUUUUCACUUAUGUUCAUGUUCUUGAUCUUUAUCUCAUGCACAUGCAGUGCCAGUGAAUUUGAACUCUUGCUUUCCAUCAAAAGCUCGAUUCACGAUCCGUUACAGUCCUUCUCCAACUGGAACCUUUCUAUCUCCUUUUGCCAAUGGAAAGGUAUUGUCUGUGACAAUUCAACUCAUGUCACCAAAAUUGAGCUCUCCGGGAAGAACUUAUCUGGGAAAUUUCCGGAAUCAAUUUUCCAUUUCCCCUAUAUCGAAACCAUUGAUCUUUCGAAUAAUCAGCUCGUCGGUGAAAUUCCAAUCAUCAAUGUUUCUUCUUGUUUGUCGCUUCGAUUUCUCAAUCUUAGCAACAAUAAUUUCACGGGUCAGCUUCUUAUAAAAGGCUCAAAUCCGUGGCUUCAAGUGUUUGAUCUAUCGAACAACAUGCUUUCGGGUAAAUUUCCUGAGGAAAUUGGAUUGUUUUCGGGUCUUGAAUAUCUUGAUCUAGGUGGAAAUGUUUUGGUUGGUACAAUUCCAAAGUCUAUAUCAAAUUUGACAGGUUUGCAAUUCUUGACUUUGGCUUCAAACCAAUUAAUUGGCAAAAUUCCGGGCGAAUUAGGCCUAAUGAAGAGCUUGAAGUGGAUUUACUUGGGAUACAACAAUCUCUCAGGCGGAAUUCCGGUCGAGAUCGGAGAAUUAGCUUCAUUGAAUCAUCUUGAUCUUGUCAGUAACAAUCUCACUGGCGAAAUUCCAUCUUCACUUGGAAAUCUCACUGAUCUUCAGUACCUCUUCCUCUACCUAAACAAGCUCACCGGUCCCAUUCCUCGGUCCAUUUUUGUUCUAAAAAAAUUAAUAUCGCUUGAUUUAAGCGAUAAUUUUCUAUCUGGAGAAAUUCCUGAAAUCCUAAUUCAAUUACAAAACUUGGAAGUUUUUCACCUGUUUUCCAACAAUUUCACCGGAAAAAUUCCAAAUGCUUUGUCUUCUUUGCCUCGCCUUCGAGUCCUUCAACUAUGGUCUAAUAAAUUUUCGGGUGAAAUACCACAAAACCUUGGAAAACAAAACAAUCUCACUCUUUUAGACCUUUCCACCAAUACCCUCACCGGAAAAAUCCCUCAAAGCCUUUGUGAAUCUGGUAUUCUUUUCAAGCUCAUACUCUUCUCCAAUUCCCUUGAAGGUGAAAUUCCAAAGAGUUUGAGUCACUGUAAAAGCUUAAAGCGAGUACGGCUUCAAAACAACCAACUCUUUGGUGAAUUGCCACCCGAUUUCACCACUCUACCGCUUGUUUACUUCCUCGAUGUAUCAAACAACAAUCUCUCCGGCACAAUUGGCAAUAGAAGAUGGGAUAUGCCAGAGCUUCAAAUGUUAAAUUUAGCAAGAAACAAUUUUUUCGGGGACUUGCCGGAGGUUUUUGGUAAUAAAAAGCUGGAAAACUUGGACUUGUCGGAGAACAAGUUUUCAGGCAACAUUCCGGUGAGUUUUGGGAACUUAUCGGAGCUAAUACAAUUGAAGAUGAGUGAGAACAAGCUGUCGGGUAACAUUCCUGAAGAAUUAUCCUCAUGUAAGAAGCUUGUGAGCCUAAACUUGAGUCACAAUCAGCUCAGUGGCUCAAUUCCUUCGAGUCUCUCCAAAUUGCCAGUUCUAGGCGAGCUUGAUUUGUCGGUAAACCAAUUAUCCGGUAAAAUUCCAAAAAAUCUCGGGGAAAUAGAGUCACUUGUUGAAGUAAACAUCUCUCAUAAUCACUUCCAUGGUUAUUUACCCUCCACCGGAGCAUUCCUCGCUAUCAGCUCGAGUGCAGUUGCAGGUAACAAUCUCUGUAGUGGAGACACAACAACCACCGGUUUGCCACCAUGCAAACACGCACAAACGCCAGUUUGGUGGUUCUUUGUGGCUUUUCUUGUUGCCGUCUUGGUAAUUCUUGUGAUUGCUACUUUUGUAAUUGUUUUCGCGAGACAACAAAAAAAUCAUGAGAUCAAAAGGGUGGAAAAUGAAGACGGAUCAGUUUGGGAAUUACAAUUAUUGGAUUCCAAGAUUUCAAAAGAAACAACAAUGGACGAUUUUUUAUCGUCCAUAAGAGAUGAAAACAAGAGCAUACAAUUGAAAGAAAUGAAUUCCAUGCCAACCAGGUUUUGGACUGAAUUGAGUAAGCUUCAGCAUCCCAAUAUCGCGAAGAUCGUGGCAAUGGUGAGGUCGGAGAAAGUUGGGUUUUUGGUGUAUGAGUAUAUAGAAGGGAAAAGUUUGAGUGAAGUUAUUGGAGGAUUGAAUUGGGAACGACGGCGAAAGAUUGCCAUUGGAAUUGCCAGAGCUCUUUGUUAUUUGCACUGUUUUUGUUCGCCGACUGUUCUCGUGGGUGACCUGUUGCCGGAGAAAAUUGUCAUCGACGGUGAAGAUGAGCCUCGCCUGAGACUCUGCAUUCCGGGGAUCAUGUGUACGGACACCAAGUGUUUCUUCUCUUCAGCCUAUGUUGCUCCAGCCACUUUUCAUGCAGAAACUAGAGAAACCAAGCACAUCACUCACAAGACUGAUAUCUAUGGAUUUGGCCUCAUCUUGAUCCAACUACUGAUUGGAAAGAGCCCUGCUGACCCCGAAUUCGGCGUGCACGAGACCAUCGUCGAAUGGGCUCGUUACUGCUACUCCGACUGUCAUCUUGACACGUGGGUUGAUCCAACGAUCAGGGAACACGCAUCGAAUAACCCGAAUGAGAUUGUGGAGACCAUGAAUUUAGCUCUUCACUGCACUGCCAGCGAUCCAACGGCUAGACCAUGCUCAAGCGAAGUAGUCCAAACUCUAGAGUCUCUUAUCAGACCAAGGUCUUGUGUUUUUGGCAUUCAGUGUUCUACUACUAUCUAGUUUUGGGUUUUUUUUUUUUGGGUUACGUAUUUAUGUUUAGGUUAUUUCUUCUUUCCUUUUUCAAAUUUUUCUUUUAAUAUAAGGUUUUAAUAGAGUGUUACUCAAAUGUUCUCUUUUUAAUAUUACUGAGUGUAAAAUUAAAUGUAGAUAUAAAAUGACUUGCUAUUAUAGGA